AUGUUGAGUGUACUUGGGGCAAUCACCAACAACCUUGUAAUGGUUGAAUGUACAAGCUCUCAAGAGCGUUGUGCAAAAAAAGAAGUGUUUCUCCUUAGUGAAUUAGAACGGGCAUGGGACGCACUUUCCACUGUCAUUCGACAUCACUUAAUUGAGGGUCACAACGUACGUAUUACUAACUUUGGUUGCUUCUGGAUUGAGUCAAGAGCGGUGGUGUCAGAUGGAGUAGAACGUUACCACGCACGUCGCAUUCACUUUGGUAUAGACAAUAAUUUUGCCCUUCGUUACAAUAUAGACCCCAUUAAGGUGCCACAGGAGCCAUCUAGACUAGAGUACGUGAAAAUUAGCAUGGCUGAGGUAGUAGCUAUUGCCGGGGUUCCCGCACGUACGGCAUCCAUGGCACUUCGCGAGUUCUUUUCAUAUGUGGGUGAAGGACUUUUCCGUCAUCAGGUGUUUAAUAUCACGUUCCCUGGUGUUGCCAGUCUCACGAUAAAGCGUGAAAAGGCGGUGCUGGAAGUGGAGGAGUCGCUGCGGCGCGAGAUGUUCGCAAUUGACGCCCGUCGAUGGCCGCUGGCAGUUCGGGAGGCGGCGGAAGCGGUGGUGUUGGCCCCCAGUCGGCCCCCGUCCGCUACGCCGUCCGCCUCUCGGCCCAACACCUCCCGCUGCAGUCGGCCGAGUACCGCCGCACGGCCGUUGGAGCCGCGGCCCGCCUUUGUGCCUUCAGCCCCACGCAAUCGUCUUUUCUCAGAGAUUGAAAAGGAUCCACCACGCAGACCUCCACUACGUGGCGCUCAUGUGUUCGAUGAGGCCAUAUCACAGGAAGGGGAUAUGAAUGGUAUGAACGCUGCAUAUGUGAAGGAGUCCGUCUUUGACGCACUGGACCCGGAAGAAUACCCACAACCAGACGAGCCUGAAAUUGAAGUUAUUGAAGAAGUUGACGUGGAACCCCUCCUCCCACUCCGCGCAUACGAAGAGGUGGCACCACGUCCUCUCACCGCGACGGUGCGAUACUCCAUCCAUGAUCAUUCUUCAGUUCGUGACUUGCUUUGCGGUAAAGCAGCACCCACGCCGGACCCCCUUACACGUGGACGAAGACGUUAUAUCAAUAGGGACUCGGACGAAGUUGCUGCACUUAUGAAAAUUUCAUAG